AUGACAGGACGAGAGAAAGUAGAGGAAAAGCCGCACAGUAAAGUCUUAACGACUCCGACUUAUUUCGGUGCGGACAAGUCGCGCGUCAGCGGCGCCGGAUUUCGGUCCAAAGGCUUCGCCAUCACUGACUUGCUGGGCCUUGAACCGGACUUCCGGGCGCGUCAGCCCGGGACUGUAGAAGUCAGCGGACAGCACCAGAGCGUUGAUGUGGGUCACGGUACAAGGGCCGGGGGCUUCUCGUUGCCCGCAGGGUCUCUGCCACUCGGUUUAGGUUUCCUCUGCAGUCUGGCGGCGCAGCAGCCUCCCGGUGCCCCGUGUUUCCUCCCGGGACACAUCCCACUUCUGCAGUCCCGGACAGACAGGCAUUUCAACCAUAACAGCGAGCCACAGCGGCCAGACGUCUAUUCCGAUGAUGACUGUCUUUCUGGGGAUCAUAACGAAGAGAAAAGCUCAAGCAACUCUCAGAAACGAAAGAAACGAAGACACAGGACGGUGUUUACUUCUCACCAGCUGGAAGAAUUAGAGAAGGCUUUCAACGAGGCUCAUUAUCCAGAUGUUUACGCAAGGGAAAUGUUGGCCAUGAAGACAGAGCUCCCUGAAGACAGAAUACAGGUUUGGUUCCAGAACCGACGGGCCAAAUGGAGGAAGAGGGAGAAGUGCUGGGGGCGCAGCAGUGUGAUGGCCGAAUACGGCCUGUACGGCGCCAUGGUGCGUCAUUCCAUCCCUUUACCAGAAUCCAUCCUCAACUCGGCCAAAAACGGCAUGAUGGGCUCCUGCGCUCCCUGGCUUCUGGGGACUCCUCUCACUCUGCAAAAUCAGGACAAGCUAUCAGCAACACCCGAGACUGGCCCCAGCCUGAGAGGAAUGCAUAAAAAGUCCAUGGAAAUGUCCAAGAAGUCGCCGGAGAGGACUGCGUCCACACACUCCGAUCCAUACCACGAGGAAACGAAAGGGAAAGACGGAGACGUUGCGUGGACGAGACGAGGCUCGGUGACAGAUGAGUUGGAGGAUAUGGCCAUCGAUUUAUCCAACACAUCCAAACAGGAAGGCAAGAUCACUGCUUUGAAAGUCUCGUCUUCUCAUCCUGAAGCCAGCAUCCAUUCGGAAAACAAGAACUGAUGAUAAGGUGUACAGAAAAUAUGGACCUCUAUUUUUAAUGUUUGUCUCCUCAUGACUGGAUUUGUUUUUGGUGUUUGUGUUUAAUAUUAAUUAUUUAAUGUCAUGUGUUAUGAAAUGGCCAUGAGAUGAUGGCACUAAGUGUACAAGUGAGUUCAAGUCAAGUCAAGUCGCUUAGAAGAGCUUAUUUAUUUUGUAUUUACAAAAGAUGAUGUAUUUUUCUUGUUUUUUUAUGUUCUUGUUGCAAAAAUAAUCUAUCACUCAAGAUACUGUUCGUCAGCGUGUACAGCUCUGAAGCACUUUAUCUGCAUUGUUGUUGAGUAUUCAACAAAGCAAUGAAAUCCCAGCAAAUCAUUACAUAUCA